AUGGCAAUGAAGCCAUGGAUGGACCUGGUCAAGAAACAUGAAAAGGUGGAGAGUGGGCCGCCUGCAAAGGUCCUGUGCACACCCUAUGAGAAGCAACUCAAGAAGAUGCCAGGCGAUCUGACUGGAGCUUUGCACCCAGGUGAGGCAGUCUUACAUGCCCUGGGUGAUAGGCACUCGGAGGUGGUGCAGAAUAAUGCGGCUGGACUUGAAGCGUGGUUCCAAGACUAUGCCAAGAUGCGGAAUUCAAACGGACAUCAAGUCAUGUUCAAAGAGCUUCAAGGAUUGGCGCCUUUGCACAGCCUUCCAGAUGACGGACUGCCAGUUCUGGAAGAUUGGCUCACGGUCUUUGAAGGGAUGCUGUUUUCAGGGGUGGAGUUGUCCAGAGAGCCGAUCGAUGUGACAGCAAGGGUCUUAAAGAUGGAUUGCGCAUGCGUUCAGUGCAUCGCAUUUGGCCUGUUGCUUGCAAGCGACAAUGACAUCACGCCUGAAAGCGAGAAGGUUCUGGAGCCUUUUGCGAACCUCUUGGACAAGGGGUGGCUACUGCCAGUCCAUGUCAGGAUGAACAUGGAUGCUGUUGCAUCCAGCUAUACCAACAUGAUGCUGAGCUUUCGCGGCGGCGAGCGCCAGCCGCCGAAUGUCCUUCAAAUGUCAUUACGGUUCUCCGCCAUCAUGGAAACUCGGUCCAUGCAGGGCCUACAUUCGAAGGAUUGGUCGGCGGAAGACCGCCUUCGUAAGGUGGUCCAGGAGUUCCACUCUACGAAUGGGAUGCUGCAGAAAUGGUUCCUGGACGAAGAUAAGGUCCAGAGCAUCCUGAACAUGAUUACAGCAACAUCGGCGGGAUCCAGGGAACUCAUUGCCAACCAUCUUCACAAAUUCAAGUGGAGCCAAUCCGCCCUCACAUCGGAGCUUUUGAGAAAGCCGAGAUGGCUUCUGAAAGCUGUGCCGCGUGGAUGCCAGCCUCACUUCAAAGUCUUGCUCACAGUCACGGAGACUUCGCAGGAGAUGUUCCUGGCCUUGGUCUUUCACCAGUUCCACCUCAAGACGCGAAAAGUCCGACCGAACCAGAGGCCGCGGUGCAGGCUGAGUGCGCAAGACUGGGACGCAUACAUCAAUUUCGCCUGCAUCUACGCACAUGUCUUGAAAGAAGCUUCUCUCUUGGCAGACGCUCCGGAUUUGGAAACCAUCAAGAAGGCAUUUCUGGACCUGGACUACUUCGAAGAGAUUGAAGCCAUCAUCAAGGCAGAGCCGGCCGGAUGGACUGUGAAAAACCUUUGCUUGUGGACUGAGAUGGUGCAAAGGGAGACGCCGGCGACAGCAAUGGGAGUUGCUGUUGAUGAGAAGACUGUGGAGGAGAAAGAAGAGGAAUUGGAAAAUGCAGCCUUUGCAUCACUUAAGGCAAAAAUUGCGAAGGAUGAAUGCGCAUGGACGGCUUUCAACGCAGCGAAGACCAAGCGAGCCAGCCUGGCGCAUGUUGUUGAAGUUCAGCAUGCAAAGGAGCAAAAUGCUAAGGGGCUGGAGUUCGUGGCUUCACAUGCCUGGCGCUACCAGAGCUUGCCUGACCCAUUGCCGAGCCCACUUGCAGAGAACGAGUAUGUUGCCCCAGUUACCAAAGGGCAGCUGACCUCGAAUGACCAGCGCAAGAACUACACGGACCUCCAGGAGACCGCGCAAUGGUUGUCAGGUGGGAAACAUACCAUCAUCUACCAUGCCACAAGCUAUGACGCAGCUUGGGAAAAGGCUGCGGUGCAGCUUUCAUGCCCUGUGAUCGGCCUCACCGUGGACUUGGCGUGCCACAAGCUGGCAUCAAAACUUUUGCGCAGCCACCUGCUGGAGGAAUGGAAGAGGGACUCAGGUAUGAUCAAGGGUGCCAGGUAUGUGCCAGAUUCCCCAGGUCUCCCAGAUACAGUGACUCCUCCAGACUUGCUUGUGUGCAAGGAAGUCGAGGGGAAGUUGACCAUCCCCAGUGAUGUGCGGCAGAAGUUUCUUGGUGACCCGCUGAGAUCUGCAGAGUGGAAGAAACUGCUCAAGAGCUUUGAAAAGCUGCAUGGAACCGCAUCAACACCACCUGCUGCUGCACCUUCGACUCCCGCGACUGCUCCUGCAACUCCUGCUGGUUCCCCUGCCACGGAUGCAAGUCCUUGGAAGCACAUCUUUGAAGGUGAGCCUCGCACUCUUACAGAUUUGGUGGCCAAGUACGGUGAACCGUCAUCGACCAUCAGUGCUCCGGGAAGCAGUGGAUUUGUGAUCAAAGUUGUUGAAGGGCCCAAGUUCUUCCUUUGUGCUCCAGUCGCUGGAACAUUUGAUUGCAAUGAGGGCCCGGUUCUGUCACAUGGAGCAGGCUCCUGGCUCCUUGACACCAAAGCUGAGAAGAUGCUGCAAGACAACCCUGACAAGGCUCAUGUUGCAAAGUUUGAGUCCGACCAGCACCUGUGCAUUCUGGAGGCAGGGGGUCACUUGAUGUAUGAACAAUGA